AUGACGGAACUACCGAGACUCUCGCGAGCUAUGCGGGCCAACACGGACCUGGACAUGCAACGAAAUCUUAUCCUCGAACCCAAAGAACGAGCCGCCAUACAGCUGUUCCGCAAGAAGGCAGUCACUAGCGGUGUAUCGUGGAAGGAACUGAAACUGUUCAUCAAUAGCAAUGUGGAUCCAAAGAUUGGCGGUAUCUUGUCGAAGCAGUUUCGAGACCUGUGGGAGAUGAGCCGCGAGAUGGUAGGAUCGGAGGAAAAUGCCGAACUGGUCGACGAAGCGGCAAUACUUGUGCUGCGGUUGUUCCUCGACCAGAAGGUCGUGAUGAUGAAACACUCGUCCAAGCUGAAGAAAAUGUUCGGUCAGGUACCGAAUGCUCUCAUCAACAAAAUGUGUUCGUUGGUGUACGAUGUAAGUGGCAAUUUGACGGCGCAAUGUCGGGAGUACCUCGAAGAGAAAGAGAUAAGCGAAAAUGGUCACGCGGAGGAAUGCUGGGGCGAUGAUAUAGAGUGCAAUUUGUCUCUGGACCGGAAGGAACACGACCACAGCAAACUGAUGGAUCUUUCUCCCACAAAUCCACUGGACAGCCAGGUGGCGCAAAGCUUUACGAUGAAUUACGACGCUAUUCAAAAGACUGCCGAGCCCGUAGCGGGCUCCUCCGGUACCUCCUCCGCUGCGAAGCACCAGCCGGAAAGGUACACACGCAGCUGGCUUUCCCAGCAAGUUCCACCCGACCUGGUGGACAACUUAAUGGAGCUGCUCAAGUCGGCCAAAACAAACGACGAGCUGCAGAUGGAUUUGUUUGACUUUCUCGGCGUGGAGUAUCUGGAGGUGAUAUCGGAAAUGCUUCAGAAUCGCAAACAUCUUAUCGAAUCAGUGAAAGCGUUGAAGCAGAUCAAAGUGAUGAAGAAGAUACAGCAAAACCUGGAAGCAAUGCAACACGCGCCGGCCUACCUGAUGCCCGUAACGAUACAAACGGAAUCACAGAAGCAGAUGCGCAAGCAGGUGAACAAAGAGCAGAAGAAGCUAAAAAAGUUCCUCAACGAAACGGCCGCCGUCGAAAAGGGCGAUUGCGUGGAGGUGGAUCCAGUGCAGCUGCGCUUGAACUACCAGAAAAGCUUGAUGCUUGCGGCACAGAUGCCGCAGAUGAUGAUGGAAAAGAUUAAAGCCCGGGGGGGCGUACUGCCCAUCUCGAAACCACCCACCAAGCCGGUGAAGUAUCCGAACGUGUACGACUCGUACAGUGAAGCGCGCCAACACGUCGGAUUCCUCGCGGGCAACAAGAUAGUGCUGCCAGAAAAUGUGGAACGAACGGAUAACAAGCUGUUCGAGGAGGUGAAAAUUCCUGCCACCGAUCCGCCACCGCUCUCGAUCGGCAACAAUCGGAUCAAGAUAAGCUCGUUGGAUGAAAUCGGACAAAUCGCGUUCAAGGGAUGUGAAGAGCUGAACCGCAUACAGAGUGUCGUGUACUCGGCAGCGUACAACAGCAACGAGAACCUGCUCGUAUGUGCACCAACCGGAGCGGGUAAAACCAACGUGGCCAUGUUAACGAUCGUGUACACGAUAAGACAGUUCGUCGAUCAGGGCGUGAUUCAUCGCGAUCAGUUCAAGAUCGUGUAUGUGGCCCCGAUGAAGGCACUGGCGGCUGAAAUGACGAGCAAUUUCGGCCGGCGGCUGCAACCGUUGGGUAUUUCGGUGCGAGAACUCACCGGAGACAUGCAGCUAACAAAGGCCGAGCUGCAGCAAACACAAAUGAUCGUUACGACGCCGGAAAAGUGGGACGUCGUGACACGGAAAGGUGCCGGCGAUGUUGCUUUCAUCAGCUUGGUGAAGCUGCUCAUCAUCGACGAAGUUCAUCUGCUGCACGGCGAGCGAGGACCGGUGGUGGAGGCGCUCGUGGCCCGCACGCUCCGGUUGGUGGAAUCGUCCCAGAGCAUGAUUCGAAUCGUGGGCCUGUCGGCUACGCUGCCCAACUACAUAGACGUUGCACGGUUUCUGCGCGUAAAUCCAAUGAUUGGGCUGUUCUUCUUCGACUCUCGCUUCCGGCCGGUGCCGCUGAGCACGAACUUUGUGGGCGUGAAAGCGUUGAACGCGCUGAAACAGCUGUCGGACAUGGACAUGAUUUGCUACGAGCGUUGCAUCGAUAUGGUUCGUCAGGGACACCAGGUGAUGGUGUUUGUGCAUGCCCGCAAUGCUACGGUACGGACGGCCACCUUGAUCAAGGAUCUAGCACAGCAAAGGGGUCACAUCAAUCUGCUCCUGCCGGAAAGCAAUCCGGAGUACGGAAGUGCGCUGAAAACUGUCUCCAAAAGUCGCAACAAACAGCUGGUGGAUCUGUUCCAGAAUGGAUUGGCGAUGCACCAUGCCGGCAUGCUGCGGCAGGAUAGAAAUUUGGUGGAGAAGUACUUCGCGGACGGGAUGAUAAAGGUGUUGGUGUGUACGGCAACGCUCGCUUGGGGCGUUAACUUGCCAGCGCACGCCGUAAUUAUCAAGGGUACGGAAAUCUACGACUCGAAGCACGGCACCUUUGUGGAUCUGGGCAUAUUGGAUGUGCUGCAGAUAUUUGGCCGUGCCGGACGGCCACAGUACGACAAGAGUGGCGUUGGUACGAUCAUCACCACGCACGACAAGCUGAACCACUACCUGUCGCUGUUGACCAAUCAGUUCCCGAUCGAGUCAAACUUCAUCCAGUGCUUGGCGGACAACUUGAAUGCCGAGGUGACGCUCGGCACCAUCAGCAACGUGGACGAAGCGAUCGUGUGGCUAAGCUACACGUAUCUGUUCGUGCGUAUGCGAAUGAACCCGCAGUGCUACGGGCUGAGCUACGACGAUCUGCGGGAAGACCCAUCGCUUGAACGGAAGCGCCGGCAGCUGAUCCACACCGCGGCGAUGGCACUGGACAAAGCGCGAAUGGUUCGGUACAACGACCGCACCGGCGAUUUGAACGUAACGGAUCUUGGUCGCACGGCGUCCCAUUUCUACAUCAAGUACGACACGGUGGAAGUGUUCAACGAGAUGCUGAAACCGAUCAUGACCGACGCGGACAUUUUGCAGAUGAUGGCAAACGCGCACGAGUUCCAGCAGCUGAAGGUGCGCGACGACGAGAUGGACGAGCUGGACGAGCUGACACAGAUCUGCUGCGAAGUGCCGGUCCGCGGUGGAAGUGAGAACAUCCACGGCAAGGUGAACAUCCUCAUGCAGACGUACCUGUCGAAGGGGAUGGUGCGUUCGUUCUCGCUCAUGUCUGACAUGUCGUACAUUACGCAAAACGCGGUCCGAAUCGCGCGAGCGCUCUUCACGAUGGUUUUACGGGCAAACAAUCCGAUCCUUGCGGGCAGGAUGCUUAAUGUGAGCAAAAUGUUCGAGAAGCAGAUGUGGGAAUCGCAGACGCCGAUGUACCAGUUCCACCUGCUUCCGUUGGACGUGGUGGACAAGAUCGAGAAGCGGGGGCUGAGUGUAAACGCGCUGCGCGAUAUGGAGGAAAAGGAGAUCGGAGACUUUCUGAGGAACCAUCGGUAUGCGAAGAUAGUGAAACGGUGCGCGGAAGAGUUUCCGAUGCUCGAAAUUGAAGCGACGCUGCAGCCGAUUACGCGUACGGUCCUGCGCAUCAGAGUGUUUAUAAGGGCUUCGUUCCGGUGGAACGAUCGCGUGCACGGAAAGACGGCGGAAUCGUUCUGGAUAUGGAUUGAGGAUCCGGAGAGCAACUACAUCUAUCACUCGGAGUAUUUCCAAAUCACGAAACGGCAAACGAUGCGUCAGGAGGAGCAGGAACUGAUCAUGACUAUUCCGCUGAAGGAUCCUCUGCCUCCACAGUACUACAUCCGCGUUGCAAGCGACACUUGGUUGGGCAGUAACAAUCUGGUUCCGCUGUCCUUCAAGCAUCUCAUUCUUCCGGAGGUGCAUCCCCCACACACGGAGCUGCUGCCACUGCAGCCUCUCCCGGUGACGGUGCUGAACAAUCGGAAGUACGAAUCACUGUACAGCUUCACCCAUUACAACCCCAUUCAGACGCAAAUCUUCCACUGUCUGUACCACACGGACAACAACGUCCUGCUCGGCGCGCCUACCGGGUCCGGUAAAACGAUCGCCGCGGAAAUGGCAAUGUUUCGCGUCUUUCGGCUACUCCCAACGGGCAAAGUGGUGUACAUUGCACCUUUGAAGGCGCUCGUGAAGGAGCGAAUGGACGAUUGGAAAGUGCGGAUCGAGCAGAAGCUGGGCAAAAAGGUGGUCGAGCUUACCGGUGACGUUACGCCGGACGUUCGAGCGAUCAAGGAAUCGUCCGUUAUCGUUACUACGCCGGAGAAAUGGGACGGCAUCAGUCGAUCGUGGCAGACGCGUGAUUAUGUACGCGACGUUGCGCUGAUCGUGAUCGACGAGAUUCAUCUUCUCGGUGAAGAUCGUGGCCCAGUGUUGGAGGUGAUCGUGUCUCGUAUGAACUUCAUUUCUUCGCACACCGAACGCACGGUGCGGAUUGUUGGGCUCUCGACGGCGCUAGCGAAUGCGCGCGAUUUGGCCAACUGGCUCGGAAUAGAUGCGAUGGGACUGUACAACUUUAAACCAUCCGUCCGACCGGUACCACUGUCCGUGCACAUACAGGGCUUCCCGGGAAGGCAUUACUGUCCGCGCAUGGCCACGAUGAAUCGACCCGCGUUCCAGGCUAUUCGGCAAUAUUCACCCUGCACGCCGGCACUCAUAUUCGUGGCUUCUCGUCGACAGACGCGUCUAACGGCGCUGGACCUGAUCACGUUCCUUGCGAGCGAAGACAACUCCAAACAGUUCCUGCACACGUCCGAAGAAGAGAUGGAGCAGAUUCUGCAGAACGUGCGCGACAGUAACCUGCGGCUGACGCUAGCGUUCGGUAUCGGUAUGCAUCAUGCUGGACUGCACGAGCGCGACCGGAAAACGGCCGAGGAGCUGUUUCUGAAUCGAAAGAUUCAAAUCCUUAUUGCCACGGCCACACUCGCGUGGGGUGUUAACCUUCCUGCACAUCUCGUAAUCAUCAAGGGCACGGAGUAUUACGAUGGAAAGCUGAAACGGUACGUCGACAUGCCCAUCACGGAUGUGUUGCAGAUGAUGGGACGCGCGGGUCGUCCCCAGUUCGGCAACGAGGGUAUUGCGUGUGUGUACGUGCAGGAUGCGAGAAAGAAUUUUUACAAAAAGUUCCUUUACGACCCAUUCCCCGUGGAGUCGAGUCUGCUGGCCGUGUUGCCGGAUCACGUCAAUGCGGAAAUCGUUUCCGGAACGCUACGGACCAAGCAGAGCAUCCUGGACUAUCUGACCUGGACGUACUUCUAUCGCCGGUUACUUCGCAACCCCACCUACUACGGGCUGGAGACCACGGAAAUGGACAAUGUAAACUACUUCCUGUCGGAGUUGAUCGAAACCGUGCUCGACAAGCUGGUGCGGGCCGGUUGUGUGAUGGUGGAGGAAGACAACCGAUCACUGGUCGCGACCUCGAUGGGUCGCAUCUCUUCGUACUACUAUCUAUCGCACAUCACCAUGCGUCACUUUGCCGAUACGCUGCGACACGACAUGAGCAUGGAGGAGCUGCUGCGAGCGAUGGCAGAUGCGGCCGAAUUUGAGGAGCAUCCCGUCCGUCACAAUGAAGAUUUGUACAACGCCGAUUUGGCCAAACUAUGCCCACUGAAGGUGGAUCCAUUAUCAGUGGACAAUCCGCACACGAAAGUGUUCCUGCUGUUACAGGCGCACUUAUCGCGGCUCCCCCUACCAAACUCUGAUUACGGCACCGACACGAAAUCGGUGCUCGAUCAAUCAAUACGUAUUCUUCAGGCCAUGGUCGAUAUAUGCGCGGAAAGGGGUUGGCUUGCAACCACGCUACGAGUACAGCAACUGAUGCAGUGCAUAGUCCAAGCGCGCUGGCUAGACGAUCCCGUUGCCAUGACACUCCCCAACGUGGAAGCGUACAAUGUGGCUAUCUUCAAUCAGAUAAAAACAGACUUACCAUUCCUGACACUUCCGGCGUUGAAAGAAAAGUGCAACCGGAAGUACGAAAAUCUCGCCGCACCGCUAAGGCAGGAAUUUGAGGAACCGGAAAUAGAGCAGAUUUACAAGGUGAUAAGCGAACUGCCCUCACUCAACGUGCAGAUAUCGGUGCGCGGACCGUACGGCAAGGACGGCGAUGUGGAUCGGUCCGUGCAGCAACCGAUGAACCGCGACCAGUGGAUGGAGCUGUAUGCCGAUCAGGAGUAUGUGAUUUGCGUACAGCUGAUAAGACUAGGCUCGUUCGAUACGCUCAACAUCCACUGUCCCAAGUUCCCGAAGGGUAAGGACGAAGGAUGGUUCCUAACGCUAGGCCACCAAGCGGAGGGCGAAGUGAUAGCUCUCAAGCGGUGCGUGUACCGCAGCAAUCGUAGUACGCAUCAGUUGUGCUUUUAUGCUCCAUCACGCGUUGGACGUUGCAUAUACACGGUGUACCUGCUUUCCGAUGGUUACAUAGGGCUGGACCAACAAUACAACAUACAGUUCGACGUGGUGCCUCCUCCGGCAGGAGACAAAGAUGGAGCGCAACAGGUGUUUGGUAAAGGUGAAGGAUUCUGGUAAGCAGCUGUGUGAUCGCACCGAAACCGUGCUCUUCAAGUCAAGUCAAGAGGGCUAAAAACUAAAAGGAAAAAUACAGGCGGCCGAAGAAAAC